CUCGUGCACACCGGAUCCUCCCCUUUCCUUGUCCCUCUGACAAUACGCCAUUUGCGGACUCUCGCGCUUCCACUUGCUCAGCGCAGUCCAGUACAAUCAUGGCCGACAAUUCCCGCAAAACUCACCUCCAGGCUGACGAUAGUAAUCCGUUUGACGAUCCCGAUGCCUCUGAUACAGCGUCAUCCUCGCAGGAUGCCUUGGUGCUGACCGUGGACCGCGACGCCACCCUCACACUCGGCACAGACAGUUUGAUCGUGCUCGACGAAGGACUCCGACAUCGACGGGCUGCAUCGACAUGUUGCGGCCUUAUACCUCGUUUGGGGAAGACGACGAAAGCCAUACCCUUCCACGAUAUACUAUGGGCGGAAUUCGAUGAAUCGACGUUUGAUGUCACGAUACGUUAUGCACAGCCGAUAGGGAGAAAAGGGAAAGCGUGCCGGGUUGGUGUGAUCUCAUAUGCAGUGACGGACAAGAGUCUGUACGCUCAUACAAGAGCAUGGUUGCAGAAGCUGCUCGAUCGAGCGUAUCCAGUACAUACCAAGAGGCGGAAGCGAAUCAAGGUGCUAGUCAACCCUUACGGAGGAACAGGAAAUGCUGAGAAGUUGUGGUCAAGGGAGAUCCAGCCCAUAUUUGCCGCAGCAGGCUGCGAGAUAGAUGUGGAGCGGACAACAUAUCGAGGUCAUGCUGUGGAGAUCGCGGAGAAGCUGGACAUAGAUGCUUUUGAUGUCGUGGCAUGCGCGUCAGGAGACGGACUGCCACACGAAGUGUUUAAUGGGCUGGCGAAGAGACGGGAUGCGAGAAGGGCACUGAGGAAGAUUGCUGUGGUGCAGCUACCCUGUGGAAGUGGAAAUGCUAUGAGCUUGAACUUGAACGGGACGAACUACCCGAGUCUGGCCGCCCUGGAGAUUGUGAAGGGAAUCCGGACUUCGCUGGAUCUCGUCGCCAUCACACAAGGAGACAGAAAAUUAUACAGCUUUCUGAGCCAAUCCGUCGGCGUGAUUGCUGAUACGGAUCUUGGGACUGAGAGUUUGCGUUGGAUGGGAGCUUUUCGAUUCACGUGGGGCAUUCUCGUGAGGAUGCUCGGCAAGACGAUAUAUCCUGCGGAGGUCAGCGUAUUGACCGACACGGACGAUAAGCGAGCAAUCAAAGACCGAUAUCGAAGUGCGCGGCAAGAACACGAAGCAGCGAAAGCAAAGAAUAUACACAAUUCACUCCACGACGAUGACGAAGCCGAAAGCAUCACAAACGAAGAUGAACUUGGCAUCCCAACGCUCAAAUACGGCACAGCGACAGAUCCCCUUCCCGCAUCCUUCAUCACAACCGACAUGCCCAAACUGGGAAACUUUUAUGUUGGAAACAUGUGCUACAUGUCCCCCGAUGCCCCCUUCUUCGCCUGUGCAUUACCUUCCGACGGCCGCAUGGACAUGAUGGCAAUCAACGGCGACAUCAAACGCUCGACUUGCCUGAGCAUGCUUCUCAAAGUCGAAGACGGGACGAUGAUAGACUUUUCCGAUGCAAAAUACAGCAAAAUCCUCGCCUACAGGAUCACCCCGCGCGCGGCGCCUGCAGAGUCUCGGAAAUUGGGACCCAGGAUUCGGAGAUGGCUAGGUGGUACAACAGUCGGAGGCUCAGACGAUGGACUCAUCGCCGUCGACGGCGAAAGAAUACCAUUUGAACCCUUUCAAGCAGAAGUGAUACCUGCGAUGGGAACAGUCUUGAGCAAAAACGGCGGCAUCUACGAGUUUGAUGGGCCAAAAGCAUAGCAUCCCUCCUUUGGCUGCUUUUCGAUUAGCGAGGCGAAAAGCACAAGAAACCAGAAAGAAAGAAGCAAAGAUGAGAGAAGAGCGCUGGCGUUUAAAUCUGGAUAAAAUGGGAAGAUACCCCCCAAAAAUCUUUUUUGUAUUAAUACCAUCAUGUUGAGUGACUAAACCACUUUCUGAACUAGGCGGCAGGCAGGCAGGCGGGGAGUUUGGGAAAUUUGAGCGCGGAGCUGGCGAUGAAGCAUGUGUAUCAGUAGAGUCAGAUUGCAUUCGGAAUCAUGAAUGAAAGGAACUGGCGGUCUGUAUGGGGCUUCUAGUAUGUGUUCUUUUGAACUUCAUUCAGAACGCUAUCGCCCUCAUCGCCGUCUGCAUCACGAGGGAGGGAUGCCAUUGCAAGCCCUGUCCUUUAUGCGCACGAUUCAAUUGUGAAGCGAUGGCGCUCCAUUCAGGAGCUUGGGCACGCGGUCAAC